AUUAGUUCAAGUCAUGGGUGAUAUAUUUAGCGCGGGAUUAGAAACUGUGACGUCACUUCUAGACUGGGCAGUUCUCUUUAUGGUUUGCUAUCCUAACGUGCAGGCACGUGCGCAGAAAGAAUUGGAUGAUGUGAUUGGACGAGAGAGAUUACCGUCAUUGGACGAUCUUUCCAAAUUACCAUAUAUGGAAGCGACCAUUCUAGAAGUCUUAAGAAGAGCUAACGUCCUAGCAUUAGGAAAUGCACACGCAACUUUAGAGGAUACAAUUCUGGCCGGCUACGUCAUACCAAAAGACACUCAUGUCGUUCCUAACCUGUGGGCAAUUCAUAUGGACCCACACUUGUGGAUCGAUCCGGAAAAGUUCGAUCCCGAAAGAUUUUUAAAAAAUGGAGAAGUACAAAAACCCGAUUUUUUCAUGCCCUUUUCAGUUGGUAGGCGUAUGUGUGUGGGCGACACGUUAACUAAAAUGGAAGUCUUCCUGUUCCUAGCUAGUUUAAUACAUCAAUUUCAUCUCAGAAUCCCGAAAGGAGAAAUCCUGCCCAGCAUGGAUGGCACCAUUUCCAUCACGUUGACUCCCAACAUCUUCAAAGUAACCACAGUACUCAGAGACAAGCUAUUAGUGGCUUAGUUCAUAUAUAAAGCUGAACAUUUAUUAAUCUAGAUAGCAUAAAUGGGAAAAAUAAUUAAAAAAAAAGAAAAAAAAGAGAGAGGAAAAAAGGGAAUUUUUUUUUAAUUAUUUAGAAAUUUAAGAAAAGGAAAUUAUUCAAAAUAGAAAAGAGGUGUAUUUUAUUCCGUAGUUCCGAGCAGUCAGUUUUAGUUCGCCGGAUGCAGUGGUGGAGCGCGACGUUCUUUUCACCACUUAAUUUAUGUUUUUUUGAAUGAGUAUACGUCGGAUUUUCACGCACGACUACAACACGGUAUACCAUAAUUACUUGCACUAAUGGAAUUUUUUAAGAGAAUGUAAUUACAUUUUGAAUCCAGCAAAAUGUUUGAUCUCAUGUACUAUACUGACGCCACUGCUAAAAAAGAUCAAUUUUUUAUUAUAUAUUUUUUUGAAUCUACCUAAAACCAUUUUAUUCUGCUUUGUAAAAUGUCGAAAACAAGUCCAUUUAAAAUCCAUAAAGCAAAGAAUAUGAUAAGAAAUGAAUUAACUGGAUGUGCAAAGGAGAUCGAAUUGUCAUUAUAAUGCAUCUGCUAUCAUUUUUUACAUUUGUAAAUAUGCUUGACUAUUCCAACUAUUCCAAUAUCAUUUUUGUAAAUACAUCACAGAAUGUAAAUAAAAACAAUUUAAAAAUUAUUUUUGUAUUUUAUUUUAUUAAAACAAUUACGUUGAGAAUUUAUACGAGUUCAAAUUUUACAAACAUAUUCUGACUUAGUUUUGCAUACUACGCGAACAGCAUUUCUCUUUGUUCUUAUGACAGUGUGAACAUAACUUUACUGCAGAUCUUAGGAUGCUUGUCUUAAUUCUAAGUAUUUUAAAGCCUUCAACUCAUAGUCAGAGAGCGAAAUUACAGAAGAAAUGUUUGAAAGUAAGGUAAGCAUCCUUAAGACUGACAUUAAAGAUGUUCAAUAAUUGGAAGAGAGUGUUUAGUUCGUAUCUUACUUGAUAAUGUAAGGAAGAUUGGUUUAUUAUACAAUUCGGUGUGGAAUUUCGCAAUUGCCAGUUCAACAAGAUAAAGUCUAGAUUAGAUACUGACAGAUUUAAAU